AUGAAUAAAGAACUUAGAAAUAAUUUUUGUGUGGAAAAAUAUCGCAUGGCAAAGGAGUACAGAGUUAAAAGCGCGCAGGGGAGAAAGUCGUACGCAAGGCUCAUAGCCAUCCAGCUGGUCACUGUGGCUCUGUUUGCAAUGCUUGUGCAGAGCAGAGAGAUGAAAAAGCCCAUAGUAAAUAUAAACGAUGGAAUGAAAACGGGCAAGAAUGUGAAGGACGAAAGAACAGAGGGAGUUCCAUCAAAUAGCAGAGGAGUGGAGGAAAGAGACAUAGCAUAUCAGCUCGAUCUAUCCGAGAAAAGCAGCAGAGAGGAGGAAGAAAGCAUCGAAGAAGAAGAGGCUAAGAUUGCCAGCUUUGUGGAGGGAAAGAGAGCUUAUCAUGAUAAAGACUACGAGCUAGCUCUUGAUCUCUUUGAGAAAGCAGAGAAAGAGUACUCUAACUUUGUUUCAGAAAAUAAACAGGAGGAAGUCAGAAGGGCUAUAUCUCUGUACAAGGCCAAGUCUCUGUUCGAUCUGGGGCACUUUUCAGAGACGGCAAAAGAGAUCAUUCACAUGGGCACGCUGGAGAAAGAGGCGAUUGCUCUUCUGCAGAAAGCAGCGGCCUUUGAAAAGCUCAACUUAAACUCAGAUCCAAGCGAGAUCGAUAGAGCUCUGAUGGAGUGCCCAAACUCAGCGCAUCUGCUGGCACUGAGGAUAAAAAUGAGAAUUGCAAAAAAGCUGUACAAGAUUGCAAUGCUUGACAUAGAAAAGCUCAGAGAAAUAAAAUCAAGCGAAGAGAGCGCAAACCACUACGAGAUACAGUGCCACUUCCUCAGCGGAAACUACACUCACGGCUUUAGCCUGCUGAAAGAGCAGAAAGGCUAUGAAAAUCUGCACGAAAAAGCCAGCAAUAUUGUGCAGAAGUACGAAAGCAUAACCAGAUACUACUACAGACCGUCAAGCACCAAUUACAAAAUUCUGCAGAAGUUUAUAGAUAAAGACCUGCUUCUGGCGAAAAUGACGGACUCCAGAUUCACUCCCACUAUAUUCACACACAUUAUAGUAAAGUCUCUGCAGUCUGUCGUUCAAAUGGGGCUCAAGGUGGAUCCUUCAGCUAAGGUAGUAGAAUACUCGGAGAGGCUCCUUAAGGAAGAGGCAGACUCGGGUGCUCCAACAGAGGAGCAGUGGGCAGCCCACAUAAAAGUGCUUAUGGAGAGGAAUAAGUUCGCACAGGCUCUGAACGCCAUCAAAGAGCACAUGGUGAAGGACAGUGCAGAGUAUACAAAGAUAAAAGAAGUGUACAACAAGAAAGUAAAGAUAGCAAGAGAGAAAAAAGACAGAGAAGAUGCUAUCAAAAAGAAGAGAGAACAAGAACAAGAAGAAAAAGAGAAGAAAGCAGCACUUGAGAAAGAGAAAAAGAGAUCGAAGAGAAGAAUGGAAAUUGUGAAGUCAAAGAGAGGAAAAAAGCUGGAUUCCGAGGGGUUUUACAGGUUCCUAAACGUCAAGCACGCUGCACCUAUAGAAGUUGUUCUGAAAGCAUAUAGAGAGCUGAGCAAGAAAGCAAACAUCUCCAGGAGAAAGAGCCAGAAAGACUCCAAGGCUGUUGAGAACUCAAAGCAAAUAAUUAUCCAGGCGAACAAGGCAAAGGAUGUUCUGACAGAUAAAAUCAAGAAAGAAGAGUACGACAGCGGAUACUACAUGACAGAGAAAGAAAAGGAAAUGUGGGGAUACAACGACGAAAUGAUGGACUAUGACAAUGGCGGAGGAUAUGGCGAUCCAUAUGGAGGCCAUGCAGACAUAUUCGAAAUAUUAAUGAAUGGCGGAGGCUUUGGCGGCGGAUUCGGGGGUGGAUUCGGCGGCGGGUACAGUGGCGGAUACAGCGGGGGAGGAACUCGCAGAGUAGUAUAUUACAUGUGA